AUGGCUCCCAAUAUGUUACAGCGUCUUUACGCACUCACGGCUCUUGCGUCUACUGCCGCAGCCCAGUCCGGCGGAAUUCAGACUGGACUUCAGUACGGAGAGAACUGGGCACCCACAAUCAAAGACUCGGAGCUUGUUUCUGCAAACUUUCCUGAUGUAAACAUCACUCUUCGAUCUCCGGCAUUCUUGAACCCCGAGAAAGUACCAGCUCGGUUCGCCGAAGGCACGGAAGGGCCGACUGACUUGAACGAGUUGGAUGAGUUUACUGUUCCUACUAUCUAUGGGGGAAAUUACCAACAUGGCUCAGACGCUCUCCUGUCUGGAGGAAUCAACCCGAACAUUCACCCUGCCAUUCGUGAACAGCUUCUCGACUUCUUCAUUCCAGCUGUUGGCGAGGAGCUCGAGAGCCACGGCCUCCGAUGGGAGCCCUACGUCACUGGUGCUUCUAACAGAACUGAAGGAUCAAGGAUCGCUUUCACCGAAGCUGUCACCGAAGCACGCACAGGCCGUAAUGCUGUUGGCUUGACUCAGACCAUCUCCUUCCUGCUUGAGAUGCGUGGCAUUCGUAUCGCCAACCAACAUUUCCAGCGUCGAGUCGCUACCGCUCUCAUCAAGAUCCAAACUAUCCUUGAGCUUGCGAGAGACAACGCUGACAAGGUCAAGUCCAUUGUUGAAAAUGCUCGCGAGGACUUCAUCAACAGCGAUAAAGACAUUGUUAUCACCGACUCUUAUGUCCCCGAAAACAGGACUUUCACAAUGAUUGAUCAGCGAAAUGGUAGUGUUGUACAAGUUCCCAUCGACUUCAAGAGAACCACCCCUUCUGUUGCAAACCUUACCCGGGCGAGACCCGAGGCUUACAUCAUCCCAAGAACGUGGAUCGAUGUUGCUGAGAGACUAGAGAUCCUCGGUCUCAAGGUUGAGAAGCUUGACUACGAGUUCCGCCAAACUCUUGAAACACUUGUUAUCGAGUCCUCGGUCGUUGAGCCCAAGUUGUAUGAGGGUACCUACUUGAACACUGUCACUACCAACACAACAAUAAGAGAGGUUGUUCUGCCCGUGGGAAGCUUCUAUGUUAGCACCAAGCAGCAGAACGCGGCUUUGGCGUUUAUUGCACUUGAGCCUGAGAAUAUUGACAGUUAUGUCAAGUUCAAUAUUAUUCCUGUGCAAGCGGGUAUGGAAUAUCCUAUUUUCAGAAUUCCGAGGAAAUAG